AGGAGUUAGUGAUGAUGGAGAUCUUCACGAUAUACGUGGUGGCUUUAUGCCUGAUAUCAGCAGUGUCCGCUGAUGAAGAUUGUGGCCCUGGAAUGCCCAAAGUCACCCGUGGACUUCAGGGAGAAAUCUACAGUCCUGGAUACAAAGAAGGAAAGCCUUAUCCAGAAAGUGUUAUAUGUCAAACUAGGAUUAGAGCAGCCUUUGGAUCAUUUAACGUCAAACUGACUUUUGAGGAUUUGGAUAUUGAGCCAUUUGAUCACUGUGGCACCGAUUCAUUGGAUAUUUUUGAUCAGAAUUCACAUUAUGCGUUUUGUGGUAAUGACACCAACAUUCCUCCCAUCGUGUCGUCUGGAGGCGAACUCGUCGUUCUGUUUCGUUCCGAUUUCAUCAAGGGAGGGAGAGGAUUCCACCUGAAGUACACCAUAGGUCUUGAUCAAAAACUGUGUCCUAAAGGACAGAAAGCCUGCAGAAAUCGCAAGUGCUACACUCCCACCCAAACUUGUGAUGGACAAGAUCAAUGUGGUGACGGGACAGAUGAGGAAAACUGUGGAUAUCCAAUUUCUAAUACUGACUGUGGCAUCAGGCCCAAUAAGAAUUCGCCUGCACUGGAUCGAAUCGUGGGGGGCCGAGAAGCAGAGCCUGGAAGCUGGCCGUGGCAGGCUGAUCUUCAGUUGGAACAGUUUCACCCGAACGGACAUAUGUGUGGUGGCACUCUCCUGAAUUCACAAUGGGUCCUCACAGCAGCCCACUGCUUGGGCGGAAAUGGAAGACCUGAAAAUUGGAGGAUCCAUUUCGGAAAUCACCACAAAUUCAAAAAAGACUCCACUGAACAAAUUCGAUACGUGAAGCGUCUCAUCGUGUACCCUGGGUACACCGGUGCCGAUCUUUACAGGUUCCAACAACCUGACAUGAAUAAUGACAUUGCCUUAAUGAAACUCAGUGCUCCAGUAAAGUUUACGGAUUACGUACGCCCGGCCUGCACCCCUAAACAAGAUUUCGAUUUGAAACUAGGCACACAAUGUGUUGGAACAGGAUGGGGAACAACUAGAGGAACUGGUGGAGCACAUGUUCUGAAAGAAGUCGAUCUGUGGGUGGAAGACGAUGAAGCUUGCUCAGGCGAAUUUGGAGCUAUUAACCCAACAACACAUAUUUGUGUCAAGAACAGAAAUGGAUGGCAAGAUGUCUGCCACGGUGACAGCGGAGGACCCUUAGUUUGCAAAUCUAAUGGAGUCUGGACCGUCUACGGUGCCACGAGCUUUGGAACAGCUGGGAACUUGGAAGGUGGUCUCUGCGCCAUGCCCGGCUCCCACUCUGUCUAUGCUAAGGUGUCCCACAAGUCGGAUUGGAUCCAGGACCAAAUCAAUUUAUACAGCUGAAUAAAAUGAGUAAUCAAGAAUGUGUAAAAUAAAGCUUCUGAUUUUAAUUUCGGA